AUCGCCUGUGGUCCACACAGAGCAGGCGGGUAAGUGAAGAUGGCGGAUUCGCCAAGUGUCGGGUUGUCUGAGGAAACCGAGUCAGAGAAGCACAAGCGGGGGCACGCGGCGUGUCUGCGGGGCAGUGCGGUGAGGACCCGCAAACCAGAACCGGCGGAAACGCUGGGCUUUUAUGACCGACCGCCAGGAAGAGAGGAGCCGCGGGGGCGCUCAGGUGAGCGCGGGUCAGAGGUGGAAGAUGCUGAGGAGCCGUCCCUGUUGAGGUUUAUGUGUGCAGAGCUGACCAGGGGCUACUUCCUGGAGCACAACGAGGCAAAGUACACAGAGCAGAGAGAGAGAGUCUACACAUGCAUGAGGAUCCCAAAGGAACUGGAAAAGUUGAUGAUGUUUGGCAUCUUCCUUUGCCUGGAUGCAUUCCUCUAUGUGUUCACUUUACUGCCCCUCCGAACCCUGCUGGCCUUCCUGAGACUGCUGACCAUACCCUGCUGUGGCCUCAGUGCACAUAUUUGCCCAUACUGCAGAAGGAGCAGUGUUUCCCGAUUCCUGCAGCCCGCCCAAGUGUGUGACCUGCUGAAAGGUCUGAUCAUGGUGAUGUGUUACUUCAUGAUGCACUAUGUGGAUUAUGCCAUGAUGUACCAUUUAAUCCGGGGACAGUCAGUCAUCAAACUCUACAUCAUCUACAACAUGCUGGAGGUGGCAGACCGCCUCUUCUCAUCCUUUGGGCAGGACAUUCUGGAUGCUCUCUACUGGACUGCCACAGAACCAAAGUCCAGGAAAAGAGCCCACAUUGGAGUCAUUCCUCAUUUCAUCAUGGCUGUCUUCUAUGUCUUCCUGCAUGCCAUCCUCAUCAUGGUGCAGGCGUCCACACUGAACGUAGCCUUCAACUCCCACAACAAGUCUCUGCUUACCAUCAUGAUGUCCAACAAUUUUGUGGAGAUCAAAGGAAGUGUCUUUAAGAAGUUUGAGAAGAACAACCUUUUUCAGAUGUCUAAUAGCGACAUUAAGGAACGCUUCACUAACUACAUCCUGCUGCUCAUCGUGUGUCUGAGAAACAUGGAGCAGUUCUCCUGGAACUCAGAUCACCUGUGGGUGCUGCUGCCAGACGUCUUCAUGGUGGUGGCAUCAGAGAUGGCGGUGGACGUCGUGAAGCAUGCGUUCAUCACCAAGUUUAACGACAUCACUGCAGACGUGUACAAGGAAUACAAGGCCAGCCUGGCCUUUGAGCUCGUCAGCAGCCGACAGCAGAAUGCUUACACAGACUACAGUGAUUCUGUGGCCAGAAGAAUGGGCUUCAUCCCGCUGCCGCUGGCUGUUUUGCUGAUCCGAGUGGUGAUAAGCUCAGUGAAGAUCCAGGGGGCACUCUCAUUGGUCUGUCUGCUACUCUUCUACCUGGGAUUGAUUACAUUGAAAGUGUUGAACAGUAUAAUUCUGCUGGGGAAGUCCUGUAAAUACGUCAAAGAGGCCAACAUGGAAGCGAAGUUGUUCAAUGGAGCCAACCAAUCCAGUGCCACUCCAAAGAAGACCCCCAGCAAACCGACUACCACCACAUCUCCUCCCCCUCCCUCAGGUGAGCCGAAGGUGCGCAGACAGUCUCCCUUCGUCACCAAGCAACCCUCCCCCCGUACAUCAGGGCCACUCCUCCCAGACCCGACUCCCAUAACCAAAGAGACCAGUGAGCCUCCUCCAGAGAGCCCGUCUAAACCAGCGGAGGACAGCAGCGAGACGCCUCAGUCUCCUGAACUCAAACACAGAGCUCCAAAGAAAGACCUGCUGGAGAUUGAUCGGUUCACACUAUGUGGGAACCGAAUUCUCUGACCUCUGCCUGGAAACAGGAGCCAGGGUGACUUUUAAUCCACAGAGUCAGCGUCCAGGGACUGAACUGUUUGGCAGCUGUGAGUAUUUACCAGGGAAAUCACAGUGACAAUAAGUGCAUUCCAGGAGCAUGGAGGAUCUGUUUGCCAAUGUCAGCCUGGAGGAUCACAUUUCCAGAACUGGUCACUGUAUGGAAUGGAUGGAAGUCAGGGUCCUCUCUUGUUUUUGGACUUUGUGAGUCCAGAGGGAGAAGUAGCACUUAAUUAGCAUGAUUAGGAACAGGUGGAAAUAUGGAAUUUUUUAAAGUUAAGUAAUUUUUGUCCUCUCAACAUUUGAGGAAGGAAGAUUCUUGCAAAUUCACGAGUUGUAAAGCUAAAGAUAGACUAAAGUUUGAAUGAUAAUAACAUAUUUGACUCUUCUUGUAUAACGACUCUUCUACAGGCAGUUAAAAUAUCAUCGCUGUCAAGCAAAAACCUUGCAUCUUCAAGUUUUUCACUUUUCAUUAUAAUUUGAAUCUGAUAUCCGUACAUUAUGUCAGAUUUUUAUAAUGAAUGGACCAGUAUAUAGAAACUUCAUUUCAUUCUAUAGCAAUUAAGCCAAAAAUGUUUACCAUGUUGUCAAAUUUGCAACCAGAGUCUGUAACCAAGUCUCUCAGACCGCCUUCUUUGAGUUUACAUCACAGCCUAAAGAAUUGUAAUAUUUUUAACAGUAAAAGUGCAGCUUUUUAUGUAUUUUAUUACCAAGCACUGUACAUUUCCAUAAAAUACAGAACCUGAGCUCAGAUCUGUUUACCGCUGAGAUGAACCAAAGCUACAACAGUCCAGUUUUAACCCUUAAGCUGCUGCUGUGACCAUUAAAAGAAGAAUAAAUUCUGAAUUAAUCUGUAUUUUGACUAGGUCCAGACCACAAAAACUACCACUAAUCACAGCUUAUGUAGAUACACUAGCCAAUGUUAGCUCAGUGGCUAACAUCCACCUAGAUCACAUUGGACCUUUAUACUAGCAUUAGACUGGGAAAAAAAAUGUAAAGAACUUUGUGCAGAGUGUCUGUUAACUUUUUUGUUUUUACACAUUGAUUUCCAUUCGUUUUUUUAUUCUCCUGUAAAGCUGACAUUUUGAGAUACAAGGUAUUUGCCUGACAGCGAUAUUAGAUGGUGGCUAAUUUAUUCACUUACAUUUAAAAUCUACAUGAAGCAAAAUGUCUAUUCUUACAGUCAUACCAUAAUUAAGUAAAUAAGUUGGUGCUGGUCACAUGGUUGACCACAUGCUUUGUUCAAGUUGGAGGUAACUUCCAGCACACAGUGGAAAAGCCACAAACACCACAGCAAGUCUUCUUUACUCAUCAUUAUCGUGUAAAUAACAUUCCAUACCUACUGAUGUUGAGUGAUAUUCACUUUUUGUAACAUUUAGCCAAGUUUUAUUGGGAAAUUCCGCUUAGUGUGCCAAAAAGGUUAGUCCUUAAUGCCGUUUUUAGACUAGACUCUUAAAAGUGCAUUAGAAUUAACAUACAUUGAAGUACCUGUAUUAUACUCAAAUCAUCACCAAAUCAUUCCCUAACAGUAUCUUCUUAUUAACUUGCUUCUGUCUGCGCUGUAGUUCGUUCAUUAUGACCUCUGCCAAGAAUGCAGCUGAACCAGCCGGCAAAACGUUGCACUGAUAUAAUGAUCUACCGCAUUGUCUUAAACUGUACAGUAGAAGUAUCUAAAGCCUAGGUGCUUAAUUUAACAUUCGCAAGACACUCACAUGCAUGUUUACAUCAGUUACUAGUAAGAGGAAAAGGCAGAGCUCUGAUCUCUGUGUUCAUAGUUACAUUAUGUUGCUCUUCUGGUACAAUAUGAAGGAAUUUCUGAGGUGUUUUAAAGGGUUAUUUCACUGUUCUUUAAAUUCUGCAUGAGUUAGUUAUUGAAAACAAAGUAAUUCAGAGUGGUUUGGUUUGAAAUUGUACAUUGGUUGUAAACACAAAUAUUGAUCUUUUAUUUAUUAUCUGAAAUUAUUACAUGUAAAAGUACAGUAAGUACAGUAAAUUAUUAAAUUAGCAAUAUUAAAAUAGUAGUAAAUAUGAAUACAAUAGCUUUUCUGUUGAAUCUGUUUAGAUUCCCAAAACCUUUCAUGUGUCUCUCUGCCGUGCAUUUAUAAAAAAAAAAGGAUACACUGACAUGUCAAAAGUCAUUGCAUAGCAAACUACUGUUUAUUUUCUCCAUUAAAGCUCUUAUUUAAACUCAGUACAUUACAAUAUAUAUUUAAGCAAUAAUACAUGAGAGGGAGUGCUAUAACGUGUAAUAUUGGCACGUUAUUGGACUAACCUCAAGGGUAUUAUUGGAAUUAUACCACAGUUACAUUAUUACACUGUUUAUUAAAAGAUUUUGAGUUAAAGAGGUUGAGAAAAUAUGAUCUGUUUGGUUAUAAAAACGCCACGAGUUAAAAUAGUUCCAUUGCUGCUCUGUUUGUAGCUGCACUGUUUGGCUGCAUUGUUGCUAGGUUACCGGUAUGUUGUGGAGUAAUACAUGGAGUGCUUCGGUUACAGUGCAUUACUGGCUGAUAAUGGCACUCAUAGAACGCCUCUCAGCCAAUCACAUUGCAGGGUCGAAACUAACUGUGGUAUAAUAGAUAUUAUAAUACAGUAAAAAAUACAGUCUAGAUCAUGAGGUGUUAAAUCAGCAGAUGUCUCGAAAGCAUCCACACCUGUGUAAGUUGUAAGGUAAUAUCUUAAUAUGAGAGUAAAGUUAAACACUGGCCACAUUCUUAUGGCAAUGCAACAUGAAUUAUCAGGCUUAGAAUGACAAGGCCUGAUGGAUGAGCGGGUUGCCAGAUAGAUAAUUCCGAGAACAUUCCGUUUUCCAUUCCAAGUUGUGCGGGUGUUUUAACAUGUCUGACACCUUUUACACCAAUCCACUCUGAAUUACUUUUGUUUUUAAAUAUUAACUAUUUAUUUAUUCAGAAAAAUGGAUGAAAUUCUGCUUUAAUGUUUUAUAUAUUUUUCACAUUCAUGUACUUUUUUUUAACUGACCAAAAUUACAUCAAAUAUUGUUUGUUAUAACAACUUCUGAUUCAGUUUCGAUAGGGCUUGUUGAUGUACAUAUUAAAGAAAAAUAGUCAUUUUUAUGGCAAUAAAACCGAAUAAUAAUGUACAAAUAGAAAUAAGAAAUGGUUCUAUAUAUAUUAAAUUCUAAUUAUGAAUUAAUUUAAUAAUUUAUUCUGAAUAUUUUGCUAUUGCUUUGUUCGAGGCAAUGUUUACUUGACUAAGGGGGGAAUGCUCUCACUUUGUACGCUAUUAGAGCAUUUUUUUUAUACAUAAACUCGUAGUGUGACCCAUCAUAAACAUUCCUAAAUACAAGUAUUUAUAUUAAUAAGCUGUUAUUAAUAUUAUGAUGGGCACAGGUUGGGGAUGGUCCUGACUGGUCCUGUGGAUGACGGCACUACUGUUAUGCUGUAAUAUCUGAUUAUGUUUAAUGUGCCAUUUUUCCCGCAGUGCAGGGACGUGUCUCAGUAAUCUCGUGCGUUCAGGUAAAAGACGAAACAUUAAUAAGAGUAAAUGUAUGUUAAAACCCUGUUUUUAAAAUGGCUAAUAAAUGUAUUUUGUAACAUA